CCGAAUCUCUACAGCAUCUAAAUAGUUGGUCUCAAAUUAUUGAUUUUCCUGCCGACCCCGCCCCGCGUCUUGCGAAUCGCUUCCCCUCACACCCCUUCCCUUCCUGCCCUUGUCACUGCGGCGGCCGCUGCAAACAAUGGCAGGACCAGACCCUAGGCGGUCUUCAAGAGCCCGAACAACUCAAUCGCAAUCGCAGAAUUCUUCCUCCGCCUCGAGCGUGUCGGGGCGCCCUGAGCGCAGUUCUCGGCACUUCAACAAGGGCGGGUCGCCGCAGAAGUCAACCACGACCGAUUCGCUGCCGUCCGAGCCGCCAGAGGACUCGAUCACGGCCGAAGACCCGUUCGGCACUCGCCGCCGAACCCGCGGGCAAGCCGAAGAGAGGGAAAGAAGCGGCGCGAAAGCUGAGGCAAUCGAAAUGGCAAACGGCGGCGGCGAUACUCAAGAAGAGGACGAGGCGGUCCGUUGCGUUUGCGGCAACGAAGAAUACCAGGGGCCUCCGCCCUUUGACGAGGACUCCAAGCACGGGCUCAAACAUGCCUCGGACCUCGAGCCGUUCUUCUCGGCCGACGUUACCGACGAUACUGCCGGGCUAUUUGUGCAGUGCGACAUUUGCAAGGUCUGGCAACACGGCGGUUGUGUUGGGAUCAUGACCGAAGAGUCAAGUCCCGACGAGUACUUUUGCGAGCAGUGCCGCCAGGAUCUACACAAACUCUGGACGGCAAGCAAUGGGAGCGUAUAUUCGCACUAUCUCCCUCUGAAGCGGCAAGCAAGGACGACGUCGAGGGCGGCGUCUUUGAACAAGGACACAGCGCGCUCGCCGACCAAGGAGAAGGACAACCGGAACGGGCGGACGACGUCGACCACUCAGACGUCGAAGCGGCGGUCAACGCUGAACAGCAGAGAAGCCGGAUAUGAUGAAGCAGAAGCGUUAAGAAGGGCAAUUGAAGCCAGCAAAGAGGAAGCGCUUGCCGAGCAGGCCGAGAAUGGGAAUAGGCGACCGAAACGUGGGAGGAGUGACAGUCAAGAGUACGUGGGCUCACCCUGUUCCAAGCACGACGCCAUGUCUGACGUUCUUGUUUGCAGAAAGCCAGAGAACAGCAAACGGCAGAAGACGAGUUCUCGAUCAGCCUCACCUGUAUCCGACAAAAAUGCGGACGACUCGGACGAUGCGGGAGCCAGCGGCCGGAACGCAGCGUCGAAGUCGAAAUCGCGAAACGGAGCAGCUGCUAGGAAUCAGCGCCCGGAGAAGGCAUCGGAGAAAGAAGAGCGAGAGCGGCAGCGGGCCGAGACAGCGAACAAGCGGAAAGGCAGGGCUGAUCGUCGGCGAGCUGAUGAUUCCGACCCUUCCGAAGAAUUGCCUCUGGCGGCUCGGGCCGUCCAAAGCAAGACGGCACAGGCACAAGCUACGGGGAAUUCGAACGCGGCCAGCGUCACGACGGAAGCGGUUCAACCUCCGGCAGCAGCUGAGCCGCCACCCUCGUCCAACCCGGCACCCGACACGCCACCUCAGGUUACCGUCCAGUCCAAGUCCGACAAGAAACGGUCGCACAAGAAAAAGGGACGCAAUCAAUACACGCGAGACCGAGAUGGCCACGACGAGGACUCGCCCGCCCGGUCGCAGUCUCGCGACAUUCAAAAGGACGACCAUGGGCCGCCCAGCGGCGGCAAAGCGGCCGGGGAGGGAGGCGGUGGAAAGGCCAGCUCGAAGUCGAAGGGCGGGAUGAGUAGCAAAAUCACCAUGAACGACAUGAAGAGGCGAGCAGCAGCGCUGCUGGAUUUCAUCUCGCGGACGCAGGUCGAGCUGGCCGGCGAGUCGUUCACGGGGCCGACGGCGGGAACCGGAAGCAGCACCCUGGGCAGCGUCGCGGCAGCUUCGAAGGACGCGCAAAGCGGAGCAGGCGGUGACGCCCCGGUCUCGGCGCCCGACGAGAACGGGGAGGGCCGACAGGAGAAGGAGUUCACAGAACUUGGCUGCAUGGAGAUGAUGGACAGCCUGACGCGGCGGCUGGUCAAGUGGCAGCAGCAAUACGCAAGCUGAUGCAGUCCUCUUCUCAUGCUUGGGCAAUCGUGCAUGGCGCGGAAUGCGACACGGGCUCUCGAAUUUCUUAUGUUACGCAUAUAAUGGCGUUUUGGUGGCGGCCUUUCGACACGGGUGGGAUGCGCGGGCGUUUGAUUUGGAAAGGCGUAGCGGCGGUAUAUUUGCUCGAUCUGUCACCGGACGAGAAGGCAAUCUGGCUUGCGAAUGGCAUGUUGAGAC